GUCCAGCUUUUUAAGAGUAAUUCAAUGUAAAGGUGUCAAGUUUAAAGGGAUAGCUCACCCAAAAAAGAAAAUUCUUGUCCGUUUUUACUCACCCUUAUGUCAUUUUAAACUUGUAUUUAUUUAUUUUGUGGAACGUAAAAGGUAUUUUAAAGAAUGUUUCCAUGUGUGUGAGUAUUAUAAUUUUUUUUCUGUCUAUAGAAUUAAUGUUUGGUUCAAUAUUGUUGAUUUUAUAUAUACAACUUUUGGUUGAACUAUCCAAAUAAUAUAAAAGUCUUGGAUGGCCUGAGGGUGAGUAAAUUCUAAAUAAAUGUUCAUUUUGGGAUGAACUAUUCCUUUAAUUCAUAUGACUUCCAAAUCAUCAAUUGUGCACCUGAUUGGGUUUAGCCACAAGUAAUUAAAUUGAGAGAUCUUAUGUUGGCUACAUUUAUAAAUAAUUUAUAUCAGGAAGAUCCAGAGUAAAUAUUUAUUAAGAAAAAUUGCCAAAAGGUUAAUAAUGUCUUUAACGUAAUCCAUCUUUUGAGCAUAUGGAUCGCUGAGUGCCAUAUUGUGAUCUUGAGUACUGUUUGUGAAUGAAAGACCCUCCCACGUCCACCAGAGCAACAUAUAAACCCUGUAGUCUCCGUGCGCACUCACAUGUUAAAAGAUACGCAGACGCGUGACCACUGAGAGUCUCGUGCGUAAAACUGCACCUACUUAACCUGAACUAGUUUAAAACUCAAGAAAAAGGAAGAAAAUGCCUGUCCUUACAUUGAACUUAAGCGAUGUAACUUUGGAGAUGGGAGCAACCGGAGAUGAACCCCGGGAUGAGCAUUUAGCUCAAGUUGAGAUCGCGCUGCUAAGCGUCAUCUUUCUUUGCGCAUCAUCUCUGAACUUUGGCCUGCUUCUGGUUCUGUGGAGGAAGAGACAGCAGAUGUCCAGGAUGCGCGUGUUUGUGAGUCAUCUCUGCUUGGCGGACCUGGUGGUCGCCUUUUUCCAGGUGUGUCCACAGCUGAUGUGGGACAUAACCGACCGCUUCAUCGGUCCUGACCUCGUAUGUCGUCUGGUCAAGUAUCUGCAGAUCGUCGGCAUGUUCGCCUCCACAUAUAUGAUAGUUGUGAUGACCGUUGACCGUUAUCAGGCGAUCUGUAACCCCAUGGUGACUUUCCGGAGGCGACGCGCGCGCUGGAACCUGCCGGUGUGCGUCGCGUGGCUCGCGUCUUUCGUCUUCAGCGUCCCGCAGCUGUUUAUUUUCUCCAGGGUUCAGAUCGCUCCGGGGGUCUACGACUGCUGGGCACAGUUUAUUCAGCCGUGGGGACCUAAAGCGUAUGUGACGUGGACGACACUGGUGAUAUUUCUGGUGCCCAUCGUGACCGUGACGGUGUGCCAGGUGCGCAUCUGCCGCGCGCUCCAGAUCAACCUGUACCUGAAGACCCAGCAGCAGCAGCAGGGUCGUGGUGAAGGACACCCCCUUUCAUCCAGGACCAGCAACGUGGCGUCGGUGUCCAAGUCUCGAAUUAAGACCGCGAAGAUGACGGUGGUGAUCGUGCUCGCCUACACCGUGUGCUGGGCUCCGUUCUUCACCGUUCAGCUGUGGUCUGUGUGGGACGCCGAAGCUCCGACCGAGACUGCCACCUUCACCAUCCUCAUGUUGCUGGCGAGCUUGAACAGUGUUGCAAACCCAUGUAUCUACCUGCUGUUCACUGUGAAGUUCCCCAAACUGGUGGGAACUCUCCUGUGCAUGAAGCAGACAGACUUGAAGGAGUCACUCCCCGAGGAGGCUACAAUGGUCAGCUCUCUGUAUCUGAGCUUUAAAAGCCACUCUGACAUACAGUGAAAAUAAAACAAAACACUAUCAAACCCGUCCAAAUGCCAUGAACGUGUACCAUGUUAAUAUUCUUCAAAGUAUGAAGGGGUACAUGUAAAUAGUACAUGCGUAUGGUUCAGUACUACUGUAUAUAUCACAGUACCAUGAUGUUACCAUCUGAUACAUCACUGUCCAUACCAGUGCUAUCACAGUACUUCUAUGUAAAGAAAAUCACUGGCAUCUCAUUGUGAAUUGUAUCAAACAGCUUUGGAGGUUUAUGAUUCUUUUUUACACUGAAUUAAUGUUAAACUCCAAUUUUAUCCCCUGUCGAUCCUCCAUUCCUUUCAUUUGCCCCUAAAAAGAUUUUAUUUCUAUCAUUUUCUUUUUCCAAAACUGGUCACAGUCACUGAUUUUUGUUAUUCCUAUUAUUUAACUGUACAUAGCAAGUAGGAAAAUAAAUUGCUCACAGUGUGUGGUGUUCUAAUCACAAUCACAGUGGUGUACAAAAUACAGUGUGUUUAAAUAUUGAGAAAAACAUCUUACUACUUGUGUGGUGGAUUUUGUUUUGAAAAUGCCUGUACAUGGUCACUGUUCUGUGUGUCAAUAAAGUGCUUUAAA